AUGGAUAACGAGGAUUUGGAGGAAAAGAACAAACGUUUUUGCAUAAUCAUAACUUCAGUGUUAUGUGUAGCCUUUGGUUUAAUUAUUUUGAUUGGCUUAGGGUUUUAUUUGAAGGAGAACUAUAUGAUAGUAUCUAGAUAUGAGUACUCAUCUCCCAACUAUAACCCUCCCUUUAGGAGAGAUAACUUUGCCAAUUAUAACGGAGGAAACUAUGCCCAAGAACCCAAAAUGGAAAUGUCAGAUUAUGGGUGUUGA